CUUGGAUCAAAUGCAAAGUAAACAACAAAAAUACCAAGAGCUUAAAAAUAUUUGCAAUUACAGAUCCCAGGCAUUCCUGGUGCUCACAGCUUUAAAAGCCACAGUUGAAAUCACAGGUAUUUCUACAGAAGAGAAAAGACAACGUUUGAAAUUAAUAAAACAACAUAUGGGGACAUUGUUGUCUGAAGAAGUUGCAUAUGUUCUCACAAAACAUGAAGCACAUCAUGACUGGGAAAAUCUGGAGAAUGAUUUGAGAUUACUCACUGAGGGGGACUAUAAUGCCACCACCCAUUCUUUACAAAUGGAUGAGGUUAAAAAACAACUGCAAAGUCUCUGUCAUGAGAAGAAACAGACUUAUAAACAACAAAGUAAUGAAAACAACACAAAGGAAAUGAUAGAAAAUGGACCUUUCCUAGACUUACUCCAGCGUCUAGGCCUAGAUCAUUACUAUCCAAAAAGGAUGAGCAGAGCUGACUUCCAUCUGAUCUACAAGACUGCUGUGUACAAUUCACAGCCGAGAUCUGAAAAGGAGCUUCCAUUCUAUUUCCUACAAAAGCUGCUGAUGUUAGAUUAUGGGUUGAGACAUCUUGUCUUCAAAGGUGAUGAACGCAUAAAAAAACGGAUCUCCAUUGGUUCCUCUGAUGAUGAAAAUGAAGAUUUUGAUCCAUAUGAAGAUGUCACUAAAGACAAUGACAGUAUUAGCUAUCCUUCAGCUACUGAGUCCUGGCCCCACAUUCACCCAAUGGAUAUCCAGAUGGCCAUUUUUCACUGUGCAGAUGAUCUUACCAGGCAACAUAUUUUGUCCAGACUUUCCAUUUGUCAAUAUGCACUCCCCCUUGUGGUGCCAAAUCCCAACACUUCUCAGAAGGAAUUUUAUCUCUGGUCUCUCAGACAAAUUAGGAAAAGUUGGCAAGAUGCAAGUCAAUCUCCACAGGACAAGAGCUACAGUCACAAGAAUCAGCAAAUGUGUCGUGUCUCCACCCCCAUUGUGUCCUUCAUUAGAGUUGGAAAUGGCCUCUCUGCUUCCAAGUCUCAGAUCAUGAACUCUCUUCUCAGUAAACGUAAACAUGAUGUGUUUUUUCACAGACACUGCAAAGGAAGCAACAAACACUGUCUCCUGAUGGAGGGAGUGGUGGAAAUCUGCUGGUUUUGUCCUGCUGGCCAAGAUGAUGACAUAUUUGACAAGUGUCUAGCCUUCACCAAUCUUCAUGGAGAUGCCAAGAAACAUAGCCAACAGCUCAGCUUCCUGCAAGGUGUCUCUUCUCUCAUUGUGAUCCUCAUGUCAAUUUCUGAUAAAAAUAAAGAAAACCAGAAGCUUGUCAGACACCUCUGGCAGUCAUCAACACCUUUGAUCUGCUUGAUUGAUGACAAAGAAAAGGUCAUAACAAAUAAUUCUGGUAAAAAAAUGAGAAUUGGCAUCAAGAACAGGAACGAGGCAGAAUUAACAGAGGAGCUCACAAAUGCCAUCAAACAUUUUCUAGAUCUCUCUAACACUGCCCUCAGUUUAGAGUACUGUUCACUGAGAGCUCGAGAGCAAGGAUUCCUUAUUGAUGAAGACCAGAGAGACUGCAAGGAAGCCAAAGAAAAGGCACAGACUAUAAUGGCACUCCUGGAGGAAUACAGGUUAUCUCAGACAAAAGAAAAUUUACUACCCCUUCAAGGACAACUUUGGCACCUUUGGUGUGAGAAAGACAAAGAAUUCUAUCAUCUGAGAGAAAAAGGGAAUCGGAGCAUUGAACAACACAAGAGUGAGAUUGAAAGAGAUAAAAGAAUAAUUCGACGUCAGCAAUUGGAAAAAGCUUUUCCUCUCAAUGAUUUAAUGCUCUCUGUUCUCAAACUCCUCCAAGACUAUUCAGAAACCCAUAACAAACUCUACUUUUUGGAGUGGCUGACUCUGUUUUUUGACAACCUGACUAAAGAACACCUGGAAAACUUACACGAAAAGCAGAGAUCUUUGUGGUUAAAGGUACAAACAGAAAAGCAAAGAGCACAGAAGAACAACUCCCUGACACUCUGGCAGAAGCAGAUAGAAGCCCUCUCCACAGAGAUUCAUGACUGUACUUUAGGAACUGAGCACCUCCUUCGAGAAGUUGGCCAGAUCUAUGAAGCUCUGGAAGAAACUUCCUCCUCUAGAGAUAGCCUUUUUCUCUCCCUUCCUCAAAUUGCUGCAGACCUGAUGAUAGCUGGUGUUCCCAUUGAGCUGAUGGACGGAGAUGCUUCAUAUGUGCCUCUAAAGUGGGUAGCAGCUAUUUUUGACAAGAUCUCAGAGAAAGUUGGAGACAAAAGGCUGUUUGUUCUUUCUGUCCUUGGCCUGCAGAGCUCAGGGAAGUCCACACUGUUGAAUGCCUUGUUUGGGCUGCAGUUCACAGUCAGUGCAGGCAGGUGUACCAAGGGGGCCUACAUGCAGCUCCUCAAGGUGGAAGAGACAUUCACAAAAGAACUUUGCUUUGAUUAUGUGCUUGUUGUUGACACAGAAGGACUUCGAGCUCCAGAACUCAACAGUAAAUCUCAGAAUUGGGACCAUGAGUUGGCAACAUUAGUUACUGGACUUGGAAACUUGACUCUGAUCAAUAUUUUUGGGGAGAAUCCAUCAGAGAUUCAGGACAUCCUACAAAUAGCUGUUCAAGCAUUUUUGAGAAUGAAACAAGUAAAAAUCUCCCCCAGUUGCUUCUUUGUCCAUCAAAAUGUGGGAGAAGUUACAGCAAAAGACCAAACUAUGGAGGGACGAAGGCAACUGGAGCAGAAACUGGAUGAAAUGACAGCAUUGGCUGCUGAGUUGGAAGAGUGCUCAAACAUAACCCGCUUCAGUGAUGUUAUUAAGUUUGAUGCCAAUAGUCAUGUCUACUACUUUGCUCACCUCUGGGAUGGCAAUCCCCCAAUGGCCCCUCCCAAUCCUCGAUAUAGCUACAAUGUCCAGGAACUAAGGAAUGCAAUUCUUUUGACUGCCCAGAGGGAAUCUAGAGGAAGGAUAUUGAAAAUCUCAGAUUUCAAAUUCCGAGUUCAAGAUUUGUGGAAAGCCCUUCUCAGUGAAAACUUCAUUUUCAGUUUCAGGAAUACCAAAGAGGUCAUAGCCAUGAGCAAACUGGAAACCAUGUAUAACCACUGGACCUGGGAGCUGAGGAGUCACAUGCUGGACUUACAGAAUCAGCUGAACAAUCAGAUUCAAAAUGGGAAAAUCCUGAUACUCACACCAAACUUACUGGAGGAACCACUUAGCAAGAAAUAUAAAACCAUCAAACAAGAAUUUGACAAAUAUUUUGAAGAAGAUCCAGAUAGUGAAAUAUUGAUUCAGUGGAAAGCAAAUUUUGAACAUAAGCUACUAGUCCUUGAAGACAAACUCAUUUCAGACACCAAAAGGAAAUGCAAUGAACAUAUCAGUCUUAAAAAAAGUCAAGAAAUACUAGAUAACCAAAAGUCACAAUAUGAAAAUCAAUUGUUAGAGAUGAGCCAAAAGUUAGCUUUAAAUUUGAAGGGUAAGGAAUUAAGUGAUGAAGAGUUGUAUGAGAAAUUCAGUCAACUUUGGAAAAAUUGGAUCUACAAUGUGUCUUCCAAUGCCCCUCAUGUCACAGAGCCUAACAUUGAUUUAGAUUCUGAAAAUAUCCUUCUUGAACACUACAAGAAGGAUAAAAAUAUUGUGGAAAGACUAAAAAUAAAGUCUGGAGAAACAUUUAAACCCAAAUAUGACAAACAUAUCCAAAUGAAAAAAGGAUAUUUUUUUGGACCUAAAAAGAGAUUAGAAAGGCAUCAUGAACAAUCCAUCGAUAAGACUACUAACAACAUUCUUUAUAAAUUUAAUGAAACACUUGAAAACAUUUGGAAACAAAAGCGUGAUUACAGUCAGAAUUACUUUCAUGAAAUCUUGAGGAUCAUAGAAAAUGAGCUGAAAUCUGAACACUGUGAGGGAGACUACACAUUUACCAGAGACUACAACAUUGACUUGUCCUUGUGCUUAUUCCAAAGAGCAUCCAAGCAUUUCAAGUUAAUUCAUGAGGCAUUCAAGAGUGCAAAUGACCCUGUGAACUAUCUGGAGAGAAAGAAAGAUGAUUUCUUUAUGAGUUUUAAGAUCUCCUGCCAAGGUGCCAUCUCAAUCACAUCCUUUGUUGACUUCCUAUGGCUCAAGCUCACUCCUUCUAUCUUUGCCACCAUAUGGAAAACAAUGGUUCAUAAAGUAGCUGGAGACAUGCGAGCCACCUGCCCUGCAUUCAAUGGAAACAGAGCUAACCUGGAGAAACAUAUUCUCUACUCUCUAGCAGAAGAAGAAAAUUUUGACAAUUACUGGCAAUACCUUCAUCAUCCAGAAUCAUUUUUCAGGGAUUACAUUAGAGACCACAUUACAAGAUACUGUUCAGAAAAAGAAAAUGAAAAAAUAAAACCUAUUUUAAACCUAAGUUUAGAUGACAUCAAGAAUACCAUCCUGUCUGCCAUUCACAUGUCCACAAAGUUAGCUAAAGAUAAAGGCAGCACUGCAUCUGGCUGGCUGGAUUUGUUCUGCGACUACCUAGGGAGCAACCUGAUCUUUCCAAGAAGAGACCUGGUAAGCAUUGAGCACCAGGAGGUAACAGAUACUGAGUUUCUGAAAGAAGCCAUGAGCAAAGCUUUGGAUUCUGCAAUGAGGAAAGUAGAAGAGGACUGUUCAAGUAAGCCCAUGGAUGAAAUGAUUCCUGACAUUGAGAAAAUUCUCUCUGAGCAUCUCUGUGGCUGCUGGAAACAGUGUCCUUUUUGUAAAGCAAUUUGUACAAACACCAUUCCCCAACAUGAAGGAGACCACAGUGUGCCAUUCCACCGUCCUCAGGCUGUCCGUGGUUGGCAUUAUCAUAAAACAGAAUACUUUGUCAUUAAUUUUUGUACUACUUCAGUAGCAAGUGAUCGUUUCUUUAUUUUACGUGAUGUCCAGGAAUUCCCAUACAAGAAAUAUCGGGAAGCAGGAGGUGAUUAUGCCACAUGGAGCAUCACACCAGACACAUCUACCCAGCCAUACUGGAAAUGGUUUGUCUGUCAUUUCAGAUCAAAGCUGGAAGAGAAAUAUGGCAAAAAAUUUACAAUGUUAGGGAGUAUUCCAGAUUCAUGGACAAAAAUCACAAAGGAAGAAGUCCUGAAUGACUUAAAAAAAUAAUAAUUGCCACAAACAGAAUGCUAGAUGGGUCACAGAAAUUUUGCUUUAACCUAGGGAGCCUAAUGCAGAACACCAUGCAGCAGGAGCUGCAGUAGGCACGUGAGCUUCCUUGAGAUGGCCCACUCUAUUGGGCAGUUUUUCUGCAGAUCAAUAUGAAGAUAAACUUUCAUAAAAUAAGUUUGUGUAAAUGAAUUAAUGAUUUUAUAGAUUUCCUGAUUUGAUUUAAAUAGUUUUAGGGAGUUAGGGUAAAUGAUAGAAAGUUUAAGCAGAUGGCUUAAAUUGUUUUGCCAAAUAGAUAUGAUAAAGUUAAAAUUAAGAGCAGAAAUUGCCCCUUCUCUUGUGGAAUAGUGAGGGCUACAUAGCUUAGAAAAGGAGUACAGUGAGCUUUCAUGCAUGGCAAGUACAUUGAAGAGAAAAAUAGGCUUGGGACAAAGUAAUGCUGAAAACAUUCAUUCUAGGUUGGGUCUGAGUUCCUGGAUUUUGUGAUCUAGAGAUGUAGUCACAGGUUUUGGUGUACACCAUAAAAAGGCAAGGUAAUGAACAAAGAGUAAAUAAUUUUAUUAUUAAUAUAUAAUAGAGAAUUUAUGAUUAGUCAGUCUAGCUGAACAACUUCAAAAAUAAGAUGUAAGAUAGAUUAUUUGUUUCUUAGUAAAUACAGAUUGGUCAUCAUCUAAGCAUAGGGAAAAGUUGCUACUGUAGAAUUGGCUUGCUUAAACUUUGUUAGUCAAUGACAUAAGAAUUAUGGCUUUGGGGUUAUUAUGAGAAAAUAUAGAUGUGAGAAAGUUAGAUGAGAAAUUUUUAGUUAGGUAUGAGUUUCAAAAGCAGGAUACACAAUCAAUAAUCCUGUUGUAAUUUCCUCUUCUGUGAUUCUCUUUUUGAAGCAUGGGUUUUGGUGAUUGUUUUUAGAAAAUUUGUAACUUGUGGCUAUGAGGUAAUCUUUGUCUUACAUAGAGAACUUUGUCUUAGAUGGUUUUAAAAGGCUAAGAGAAAAAUAAACUUGUUGGAGCUUACUUCAUCCA